AUGGCACGCGACUGGCACAGUUGGCCAGCGGGGCCCGACCUGGGGCUGGGGUCCGGGGCCUGGUGCUGGGGUCCGGGGCACAAAUCAGAACAUGUGCUACUGAUACGCCACCUCUCGUUAUGUGGAGAGUUUACUGGGAGACACAUCGACAGGAGAGCACGUGUGGGGGACUUGGACCAGAUGACAACAAAAUUCGUCGGAAGAGGGCCAGUUAAAGUAGGAUCGCCAGCGUCAGAUACAGUUAGUGACGUGUCAAUCGUCCAGGCGCCUGUGGCGGCCAGUAAUGACAAGUCGGUGGACGCAGAUUACAGUAUUGGUGCAAAUUGUUUGUUUUUCGGACAGACCUCCGAGAAGUUGCAAGUCAACGUUUACGCCCACUUAGCGAUUUUUCAAACUAGAUUCUCGUUUGGGGAUCCCGGAGACCGUCACGCUGGUCGCACUCGACGCAGGAUAAAACCAUCAGUGGUCGUCACAGGCAGCACACUCAGCUGUCCAGCAGCAGACAUGAAAUAUCUCCUGGUCCUUCUGUUGGUGGCGGUAGUCUUCGCCGAGGAGAAAAAGGUGGAGAAGAAGGCAGAAGAGAAGCAAGACGACAAGAAGCAAGACGACAAGAAGCAAGACGACAAGAAGCAUGACAAGAGAGGAAUAGAAGAAUUCGGAGGACACGACUUUAGUGGCGGAGACUUUGGUGGACACGAUUUCGGUGGACAUGAUUUUGGUGGACAUGAUUUUGGAGGUCAUGACUUUGGAGGCCACGACUUCAGCAAACACCGCCACCACGAGGUGAAGACCAUCACAAUUCAGAAGGAGGUGAAGGUUCCAUACCCGGUCCACGUGGAGAAGAAGGUACCGUACCCUGUAAAGGUGCACGUCGACAGGCCGGUCCCAUACCCUGUGGAGAAACCUUACCCGGUGACUGUGGAGAAGAAAGUGCCUUACCCUGUCAAGGAGUACAUUCCUAAGCCUUACCCAGUUGAGAAGACCAUCCAUUAUCCAGUGAAGGUUCCAGUUGACAGGCCAUACCCCGUGCAUGUGCCCAAGCCUUACCCCGUCUACGUAGAGAAGAAGGUACCCUACCCUGUAGAGAAACACAUCCCUUACCCGGUCAAGGUGCAUGUCCCCCGGCCUGUCCCCUAUCACGUUCCUGUUGUCAAACAUGUGCCCUACCCCGUCGAGAAGAAAGUUCCUUACCCCGUCAAGGUGCCAGUUGAGAAGCCAGUUCCCUACCCUGUGGAGAAGCCUUACCCCGUCUACGUAGAGAAGAAGGUUCCCUACCCUGUGGAGAAGGAGGUGCCGUAUCCAGUCAAGGUUCCGGUUCACAUCCCGGUCCAUGUCCACAAGCAUCAUGAGCAUGAGGAACAUCACUUCGGAGGGGACGAGGGUUUUCACGGCGUUAGUGAACACGGAAGUCAUGGACAUGGAUUUUAAACAUAUCAUAA